AUUGCAUCUCUAUUAUAACAGUUGGGUGGGGGGGUUGAUGUCUAUGUCAGACGUUAACAUCUGACGGCAGAGGAGCACCACGUGAAGAAGCAGAUGAAAAGGUGCAUUCAUUUCAGCUCUGUUAAAGCACAAGGAGGAGGAGGAGGAGCAGAAGGAGAAGGAGGGGGGACAUCAUAAUUCAGAGAUACCUCAUGUGACUGUUGCUGACACACUGUGUUUGUACCCCGUCGUAAGCUGCUGCUGCUGGUGGUGAUCAUGUUGACGGAUGGGGGGUGCUUUCCAUUGUACCAGCCUUGAUGCAAAGCGGAGCUGGUGACACGCACACACACAGUGAAAAAAGGGGGAAAACACGCAGUCAAGAGUGGUCGUCUUGUGCUUCACAGAGCCGGGGGUACUUUACAGAUUUCAUCACGAUGGCUUAGAGAGGAAGGAGAACACGGUCGUUUUAUCGACCAAAUCCGUCCUUUGAACUAAGCCUGCUGUUGUUUUCUGACCCGAGGACUCAAGAGGAGAAAAAAAAAAGAAGGUGAUGACGUGGAUGGUGCCAUGUGAAUGACUGAAGACCAUGAAGCCCACACACAAGCUGCUGUUCAUCCUGUGCCCCAUGCUGGUCCUUUGCUUUAUUUACUACUCCUCCGGGAAGCUACACCUACACGUAUGGGGCCAGAAGCCUCAGGGUGAUGCAGAAGAGACAACUGUAGUCCUGACUAAAGGGGCUGAAGUGAAAAGAAUUCCAGAGCUGGAUACAGACAUCACCGUGGGACGAAUAGUAGGCUCAGUGUACGAUAAGCAGGGCUUUCUGCUGCAGCUGGACACAAAACUGCCACCAGAGUUGGCGUACAAGUAUGGCAACCUCAGCGAAGGAACAUGCAAGCCAGGAUACGCAGCAGCCAAGAUGACCACCAUCUAUCCUAAGUUCAUGAAACCAGCGCCCAUGUUUCUUGAUCGGAAUUUCAAACGUCUAGCAAAAGUCAGCAAUUACUUACCUCCAUUUGGAUUCAAAACACAAGAGAGAAUCAUAGACAGCAUUUUAACUACCACGAAAUAUUAUGGACUUGGAGACGAGCUGGACAAUCUCAGCUGUAAAAGAUGCAUCAUUGUGGGCAACGGUGGCAUCCUCUCCAACAAGUCUCUGGGCUCACGCAUAGAUGACUACGAUGUUGUAGUGAGGUUGAAUGAAGCCCCGGUAACUGGCUAUGGCAAAGACGUGGGGACCAAAACCACCAUGAGGAUUACAUAUCCAGAGGGAGCAAUCCAGAAACCUGAAAAGUAUGAAAAAGACUCACUUUUUGUUUUUUCCGCCUUCAAACCGCUGGAUUUCAAGUGGCUCAGACAGAUGGUCUUCAAAGAGAAACUAAGGGGUACAGACGGUUUCUGGAAGUCGGUGGCUCACUAUGUGCCUCGGGAGCCGACAGAGAUAAGAAUCCUCAAUCCCUACUUCAUCCAGGAGGCUGCCUUCCAGUUCAUAGGCCUGCCCUUCAACAAUGGCCUAAUGGGCAAAGGGAACAUUCCAACUUUGGGAACAGUUGCUAUAACGAUGGCACUGCAUAACUGUGACGAGGUGGCGGUGGCUGGUUUCGGCUACGACAUGAACACGCCCCACGCGCCUCUGCACUACUAUGAGACCGUCAAGAUGUCUGCCAUCAAAGAGUCAUGGACACACAACAUAUCCAAGGAGAAGGAAUUCCUCCACAAGCUGGUGAAGGCCAACGUCAUCACAGACCUGACCAACGGUAUCUGAGUUUACACCCACCCACAGUCUCCUCCUGCCUUUCCCAAAGGACUACUAAACAGGAAACGGGGAAACUGAUCGACUCUGGGAGAAAGAACCCUUAGAAACCGGGUGGCCUGCACACUGUCUGGGUUUCAUAUCAAAGGAGAUUAUUUAAAAUAAAAUGGAAAAAAAUGAAAAAAAAAGAUAAAGGAGGGUUUCUGUGGAGAGAUGCACACAUGUGCCUUCUGAACCAAAGACUCCUGCUGAUUGAAGCAGGGAGGGGACGGGCAAGAGGAGGACUGGAUCUGCCCGGUCUUUAUCAAGAGACAGUCGCAGGAAAGUCGUGCCGGCCCCGUGCUUCAACGUUUACCACUUCAACUGCCCCCCCCCACCCCCCCAGACAGGGACAGAAGAGAAAGGAAAUGAACAGGAGAGACUGUAACAGAGCGCGUGCGGGGAUGGAGUUCGAGUAUUAGCAGUGCCAAACGUACCUCGUACAGGGGGAGAGGUCGUCCUCCUCUUCCUUUUUGCUGCCUGAAUGUAUUCACUAUCCUCAGUGUAAAUAUCAAAGAUUUUUACUGUGCUUUUUAACAAGCUGCAGCACCGCACCCUCUCCACUCCCAUCCCCCACCUGCCAUUUGUCCAUUCAUUCAUUCUCUUUUUUACUCUGUCCAGGGUCCAAAAUUAACACUCGCCAAGCCAGUUAGAGACAGCAGAUAAAUCAGAGAGGGUCACCUUCCACACAGACUUGAUUCACUUCGAGAUACUAAUAUUUCAGUGUUUUUAGGGAUACAGACUUCAGUUUUUGCUCUGUGAAAUAAAUUGUAUUAGUGGCUAUGAAUCAGGUUUAAUGCUUGUAAAGCCGACUACACUGAGUAGUUGUGUGUUUUCCUGAUGGGUAGUUAUCCACGUGGCUGAAAAGUCACCAAAAAAAUAAAGAUUAAUACAAAUAAAUUAUUUUAAACUGAUUUAAGUUUUCCAUUAAAACUAUGAAUCUGUUUAGUUUUUUUUUUUUUCUUUUGUUAAAUAUUACUUUAGCUGUGAAAGAGUUUCCACUAAGUAACAAAAAGCACGCAUCAGGAGAAAUGUGUGUGAAUUAUUUUGGUCGGUCUAAAUUAUUUUUGUGGGACUUUUCAUUUCUCCUCUAGUUUUAGCAGCUCUGGCAGGUGAGCCUAAGAGUUAAAUGUCUCUCUCUCUCUCUCUUGUAUCUUAACCCUCCUCUCUGUUCAUUCAUGUUGUGGUACUGACUUCAUCACUUCACAUCAGCUGUAAGCCUCCGGGCUGCAGCGUAGUCAUACAGUAACGUGUCCUGCCCCGGUCAUUCUGUAUUUCCAACCUCCUGUUGCUGCAGAUUUUUUUUUGUUUCUUCAGUAAAUGGUGAAAUCUCGGAUUGUAGAAUAUAAAUAUAUAUAUUUUUGUUUUUAGGUUAAUUUUAAUUAUUUAUUUUGUUACAAAGUCCCAGUGUUUUGGUCACAGGCAGGCCUGCUUUCUGUUCUGAAUCUGUGUUUCGUUCAAAUCCACCGCCACGUGCUUCCUCAGAGACUGCGUCAUCUUUUAAACUUUGUGGCAGAAGCAGUGUUGUGAUUGAAUCCAUUAACGAAUCUACUUUGAAUUGGCUCUUUGUUAAAUGUUGUUAGUCUGCAGCCAUCUAUGUCUGUUCUUGAUGUUCUUCAGUUUAUGUUGACACAAUACAUGUGCUAUUUUGUGAUGACGGACAAUGGAAAUUUCUUACGAUUUCCAAUGAGGUGAUAAUUGCCACGCUCAGUGUCGAACUCACAGUGCUCAUCAGGCCUCUGCAGAUGAACGCUCUGCUCACAUGCUUUUCAGUAUUUCAGCACUUCAUUAGCGUAGAAAGAGUUCAGUAUUACACAAUCAAAUCUUUUGCUUCUCCCUCUGCUGAGAAUGUCACAUCUGGUUGCUUUUUUUUGUUUUUGUCAUUUUAUCAAAUGAAUGCGAUAAUCAGCUUUACAUAGUGAUGGUGCAUUUAAACUCUGCUUUACCAAAGCAGAAGUUUAUUUUACAGUUUGUUUUUUCAUUUGUCAAAUGACAAUUCAAUGGAAGGUUUCACCUCUUUUUCUUCUUUGGAAGUGCAUAUUUACUGUACAUUGUGUACACACACACACACACACACACACACACACACACACACAGGUUCUCUUGCAUUACUCUCAAUCAGUAAGCUGCUCUUGUUGCAUCUGUUACAUUGCUCCAUCACGUGUUCUUUCUCUUGAUUAGUUUUCACAAACGCUGCUGGGAUUGUGCAGCAGUUUGUCCUACCCAGUCCCCACAGAGCGGGUCCGCUGGGUUCGAAGGAAUGGAUGACUUUUUGGAAACUAAGCUCUGUUUGGGACUUUUUUUUUUAUUUUUAUUAUUAGAGCAAAGGUAUAGGGAGCAGCUGACCAUUGCACUAUCACGAGGCGCUCUCAGUGCCUUACACCUCAUCACCUGGAAACUGUAGCGAGGAGUUUGACACGUGGGGGGAGUAACUGCAGCUUGAUCCAGUAUGCACAAUUAGCUCGAGGUCAGGAUGGGUCACUCCUCCAUGUGUGUGAUUUGGGACCAGUCCAUUUCAUAUCUGUGCUUUAUAUACAGUCUUGGAAGACUUGAAGCCUCAUACUGGUGGUUUUGUUUGUUUUAGCCCAUAAACUACACGUUCACUGCAACAUUUUUCAUCAGUACUAUUUUAUUUUUUUUAACUGUUUUUUGGCAGCUUACUAUAAAAGAGGCACUUCACCAGUUUAACAAGUUCAGUUUAGUCGUCACAAGGAGUAAGCUUGCUAAAACAGUUAUAUAAUGUCUUCUGUGGCUCUGGAGGAGCUUUUAUAAGUCUGAGAAAAUGUAGGAUCUGGUGUUUUUAGAUCUUGACCAAUAACUGGGGACAUGUUGCUCUCUGCUGCUACAAUUGCAAUGAUUAUUUUUUCCUUAAUCUGUAUGUUUAGGCCCCCAACUUUAUAGAAGUGCAAUGCUAAAUCACUGGAGUACCUCUUUAAUGCUUGAAUGUUGGGACAUCCUUGAAUGCACCAGCAAGUGAGAGUUUGCAGCAGGACCCUGACAUCACAAAGGAGACUGGCAUAGAUUGUGUUUAAAGAUCCAGUGUGUAAGAAGAUUUAGAAGUAUCUAUUGGCAGGAAUUGCAUAAUAUUAAUCAGUAUAAAAUUAGUUAAGUCAAAUUUUCAUAUGCAAGUACGUACAAAAAAUAAGUAAGUACAAUAAUUGUUGUGUUUCUUUGCCUUUAAAAUGAGCCCUUUAAAUCUACAGAGAGAGCGGAGUUCACCGUUUGAACCACCAUCACUGAGUUGUUCUUACAUGCUUGGAAGGAGAGGAAAGUAAUUGACCAAGUGGUUGCCAUCUGCAACUUGACUGCCAGGUACCACUAAAUCCUACACACUGGACCUUUUAACAAACAGUUCAAUUUGCCGAAGAGAGAUCGUCACAGCACACUGAAAUAAUUUGAAACCAGCAGCUGCACUGAAGGCGGAAAAUCAGUGUAAAAUCUGAUUGUGUGUUUUGGAUAUAAUAUAAAAUGUGUGCAAUCUGUCGACAGAGUGCUAAAAUGAAACACGCCAAACCACCGGUACAGUCUUUAAAGCUUUGAGACUAAGCAGAUCCUUAGAGUACUCCUUUUUUUCUUUCUAGGUUUUGAUUUUUUUUUCUGAAUGCUGGAGGAGUUCAAAUGGUUUGGACCCACAUCGCAUCUGCCCGAUAAUCUGUUCAUAUUAAAGCCGAAUGUAUCCACUUUUAUCAUCCAUCAUUGUAUUUAUAAACCCUUUGUUUUAUUUUAGCAUUUCACCAUCAUCCGUGGAAAUGAACGUGAUCAAAAGUGUUACUGUUUCUUUUUUAUAUACAGUUCUAAAAUGGCUUUCUGCAACUUAAUAAAUAAGUUUGUAAUGGA